UUUCUGCUAAACUCCAGCUCGGACGCGCGUCCCCGUGCAGCGCUGUGUGAGGAAAUGUGUUAGUGAAGCACGUGAACGCGCCAAUCUCCAUUUCUGACUCAUUCUGGGCUUCAGUCUCUUUUAUCUCACACACUCCGUUUACCUCCUCUUCGUCUCUCUUCAGCCUCAUGUUCACACCACCGCCAAGCCGGAGCUGAUUCCCUGUCCAGCCAACACUGAGAGCCCGCUGCCGGGGGCCGGCGGUGUCCACAGAGCGGUGCGAGGAUGAAGUUUUGGGGACCAUGUUUGGUUGGAUUUUAUAUUUGUACAGCCAUGCUUUUCAAAGGAUCCCUGCAGGGAGAACACCAGAGGAGGCUGUACAAAGAGCUGCUGGCUAACUACAACCGACUGGAGAGACCUGUGGUCAAUGACUCAGCAGCCAUCCUGGUGGAGCUGGGCCUAACACUGCUGCAGAUCAUAGAUGUGGAUGAGAAAAAUCAAGUGCUGAUGACUAACGCUUGGCUGCAGCUGUACUGGACAGACAUCUACCUAAGCUGGAAUCCAGAAAACUACCCCGGUGUCCAGAACCUGCGAUUCCCUUCAGACCAGAUCUGGACCCCUGACAUCCUCCUUUACAACAGUGCGGACGAGCGGUUUGAUGCCACCUUUCACACCAACGUACUUGUGAAUGCGUCAGGUUACUGCCAGUACAUCCCCCCGGGGAUCUUGAAGAGCACCUGCUACAUUGACGUGCGUUGGUUCCCCUUUGACGUCCAAAAGUGUGACUUGAAGUUUGGCUCCUGGACGCAUAACGGCUGGCUGCUGGACCUCCAGAUGCUGGAUGUGGACACAUCGACCUAUAUACCCAAUGGGGAGUGGGACCUUGUGGGUGUGCCAGCCAAGCGCAAUGAGCUGUACUAUGAGUGCUGUAAGGAGCCCUACCCUGAUGUGACAUUCACAGUCACCAUGCGCCGCAGGACGCUUUACUACGGCCUCAAUUUGCUCAUCCCAUGUGUGCUGAUCUCUGGCUUGGCCCUGCUGGUCUUCCUGCUACCUGCAGACUCAGGAGAAAAGAUUUCUCUGGGCAAUGAUGGAGAACAAGCCAUGACGCUGUCAGCCCAGUACUUUGCCAGCACCAUGAUGAUAGUGGGAAUGUCUGUGGUGGUAACAGUUAUAGUCCUGCAGUUUCACCAUCAUGACCCUCAGGGAGGAAAGAUGCCCAAGUGGGUUCGUGUGGUUCUGCUGAACUGGUGUGCCUGGUUUCUGCGUAUGAAACAACCUGGCGAUGAGCGCAAGCGACCUGUUUACCGUCACACCUCCCAGCACCGCACCAGCUCUCUAGAGAUGGGCACUGUACCAAGCCUCACUAUGCCCCUCUCACAGACAUCCUGCCCACCUUGCCCCACAGGCACCACCAAUGGUUCCAUGAGCCUCUACUUUGGCAAUUAUGACCCCAUAGAAAACCCACACUGCCCACCUUCUAGUGACUCCGGGGUAGCACUAGGAGGACGUGCCCAUGGCUCCUUUAGUAAUGACGCUGAGCCCACUGGAGGAGUUGGCACUGGUGUCGGAGGCCUGGGGAUGGGCGUUGGACCGGGUAUGGGAGUCAGCAUUCCCCCACCAGAGAUCCAACGCAUCUUGGAGGAGGUGUCUUACAUAGCCCAGCGGUUCCGUGACCAGGACAAGGCUGAGGCCAUCUGCAGCGAGUGGAAGUUUGCAGCGGCAGUGGUGGACCGGCUGUGCCUGGUGGCCUUCUCUCUCUUCUCCAUCAUUUGUACCUUCACCAUCCUUAUGUCAGCACCCAACUUCAUAGAGGCCGUCUCCAAGGACUUCACAUAGCAUUUUGCAGCAGGAGGAAGUGAGAGAAGGAAAACAGCAAAAUAUUAGGCAUAAAGAAGAGAUUAAGAGAGAAAGUGGAUGGGGAAAGGAAAAAAUGAAGGGUGCAGUAUGUGGUCCUCAACUUACAGUCUUGGCACCCAGGAGCUGGGCCACACAGUGUUUCAUGAGAAAAUGUAACUAAAGAAAUUCAAGAAUGUAAGAGUCUUGUAGCUCUGCUAAGCUGGUGAAUCGAGCCAAUCAGGAAACAGAAUAUUUAUGAUUGGUAAAUAAGUAAUAACAAAGACAAAUCAUUAUGUUACAUUAGCACAUUCCAAAUUAAGAAUAGAAACAUACAUUUAUUGUCAUACUCUGUCCUAAUGUCAGAGACAAACUGUUUAUAUCUAGAAGAGCAAAAUAGGUUGGACAUGGAGACUAAACCGCAAACCAGGGGAGACUAGACGCAAAAGGUUGGGAAUCAUGGAGUGGAGUGCACUAUAUAGAUGUUCUUUUUUACAUUAAGUAAAAUAUCAAUAAGGGGAAGAUAAUGUGGCACCUUAUUGUCUUCACCCUGAAAACAGUGUAAAUAUCCGUGUU